GUAAAGAAGUUUCAUUUCUACUAGAUAUGAAAUUCCCUUUAGUAUUUAUAUCAGUGUACGAUAAAGUUGUGCUGGGUCUCCAUCUAUGACAUAUGCAUACAGUUUAUGAUUUAAUUGCCACCAUGAAGAAGGUCACACAACAAAUUCGUCUAAGAAGAAGCCACUCGACAUCCGGUUACUCUGAUGACUUGAAUUCAACCAAGAGACAUGACGAAGAGUCACAAGGAGAUCAGACCGGAAGUGAUGAAUCCACGUCGUGCUGCUGUUCACACAAAGCCAUUGUGACCGUUUUAUCAUGUACGGUUAUCUUCAGCAGCUUCACCUUGGUCAACCAUUGGGUAACCGCCGAGGAUGUGGCUUUCAAUUACACGGCUGAAUGGGGCCAGACCGGGGACCGCGAGGUUCGAAGGGUUUACAGCGGUAUCAGCUCUCUCGCAACUAUAUUUGCGGCUCUGGUGUCCCUGAAGGUUGGUUACCGAGUGGUAGCAAUCAGUGGUUGUUUGAUGAUGAUGUCAAGUCUCUUCGUCUCAUCGUGGCUCGACAAGGACACUAUAGGUCUUAUAGGGGUUCUCGUCGGUGGCAUUGCAGGAGUUGGUGCCUCUUGCGUCAAGCUGGCAGCGGUAGUUCCAGUUUUGGAGAACAUACAACGUUGUCGAUUUAUUGCUGUUUCGAUUGUAAACAUUGGUGGCGCAUGCGCAUCUGUUAUUCAUUACGGAAUACUUGCAACCAGUUGGGCAAUAGAUGAUGUUGAUUUAAACUGGAAACACUUUUAUCGAUGGCAGCUUCUGGUCAUGUCAUUCGCCUUGUUGGCUUCUACCAGACUGCAACCUUCAAAUGAAAAUUGGAUUAAGAACUAUUUUUCUCCGUUUGAUUGGAGUGUGUUUCGUCAGAAGCCCUUGUAUAUAAUGAUGACCAUUCUUCUAUGUGACCGAUUUGGUCAGUUCAUCUUAUCGAAAGAGAUUUUCACAUUUUUCGACAAAAACGACAGCUCAGCGUCUCAUUACCUGGGAGGAUUUUUCUACUACGGAGGUCAGAUAUUCGGACCUAUGUUUCUAUUUUGCUGUAUAAAGAAACAGAUAGUCCCAACCCUGCGUUUUAUGGGUUCAGUUGACUUCGUCGCUGGAGUCUGGACCAUAUUAGCAACCUGGUCAGUGAAUUUGUUCCAUAUCUCCAUAUAUGCUGGGACUUUGGGCGUUGCAAAAGCUGCUUUCACCACACUUCUUCAAAAUAUAAUUCCGUCUGUGUUCGGGAAGAAAAACGUUCGUCUCGUUGAGGGCCUUCUAGACUUUGGUGCUGGUAUUGGUAUCCUGUUGUCAUCUCCAUGUCAGUAUGCGGUGGAGAUGUCUUUCGAUGAAACGAACCAGUACAAACCAACGUUUUAUCUAGCCGGAAGUGCACUGGUGUUAGCUUCCGGUCUUGUAUUUGCGUGUCUCCAAGUAGUCAGAGCACUGGACCGUUACACGACCGUUCCUGUCGUCACUGAGAGUUCAACAGAAGCAGCAAAACUGUAGCUAAAUCCAUAUGAAUUAGGUAUAUUUUAACACCAAAGAGACAGUAAACAAAUAAUGUUUAUCAAAAAUUCUUACAUUAAUUUAGAAUUGUAUUAACAGUAUUUGAAACGAUGUUUGAAAGUUAAUUACAUGCAUUUUGCAAACAUGUCUGAUGUCCUUCACGUUCUACCUUGACCUUUCUACAAUACCACUGCUUCUUCUAUGUC